UGAAGACAAAAUUGAAGGACACUUGAUAAAAUCAUAACGUAUAGCAGAUAAAAACAUAGAAACCGUGCCGUCAUCUAACCAUCGUUUCAUACAUGAGUGGAGAGUGACAUCAACUAGAAGUCAAAGAACCGCACAAAAACAUUUUCGAGAAUUUUACAAUACUAGGAGUAGAUAGAGAUAGUACCACCUAUUUGAAUUUACAUCAAGCAACAUAAUUGAAAAAGAUGCCUCGAGUAGGUAAAGACAGGAAUCCGCUCCUGCAGAAGGACGAAGUCGGGAGGGCGAAGAAAUCUUGCUACGAUCUACCAGAACAGCGGCAUGCCUUCGGCAAUGUCAUGGGUAGUUCAAGAUGAGAAGAGAGGAGGUCAACUACUCCCCACUUCAUGUUUUCUCCGGUUCUUCUAUCGUAAAACUUCUAUGGAUAGCAUUGAUUAGUGUGAUCGACUUUUCUGAUUCUGUUUCGGGUCCAAAACCAAAAGUGAUGACGCAAGUACAACAGGUUGUGAUCUCGAAGGAGCUGGGGAGGUGCUCAGAUCAUGGGUGCAACACCAGAGAAGCGUGCCAAAAGUGUCAAAUAAAGUGGAUUAUGUAAAGCACAACAAGACAAAGAUCGUAGCUAACGCACCACCAUCUAAGGCGCAACGAUCACCAUCAGAGGGGCUCCGAACAGGGAUGGUGCACGCAUUUUUAUUUUUUAUUCUAAACUAUGAGGUUUUGAAAAUAGGUACAGGAAACUAGUACCUUUACGCUUAUCCUUUCACGCAAAAUAGGUACAGGAAACUAGAUUCGUGCAGGUUUGUACUUCGGUGUUUCAUGAGUAUGAAACGGCAUUGCUGGUGCACUUCAUUGCAAGUAAGUAGGUUUACUGAGCAGGCGAGAGUGAUCGUAGUAGCCAACUUGAAUUCUUUUCAUGUCGUGCAAAAUAAGAUUUUUGACUAUCUAAGGAUCAAAAGCUUAUAUAUAUAUAUAAUUUGAAUUUGUUUUAUUUUGUACUAGCUCGGGGGAAGGCAUCAAGGGCAGGUAGAUGCCGGCCUUCUGCGCAGCAACCUAGAGGACACAGUUGAACAGAGGCCAAAAAGUGCGCGCAGGCGUUUUUUCGGUGUUUGUUAGUCCUUGGCGGUUGUCGUGGAUCAUUGGCCGGACCGGCCUCCCCGCUCUCUGUCAAUAUCGUGAAUACUGUGGGGCAAAAGCCAAAAAGUGCGCGCGGGUGGUUUUUCGGUGUCUGUUAGUCUUUUGCCGCGGUUAUCGUGGAUCAUUGGCCGGACCGGCCUCCCCGCUCUCUGUCAAUAUCGUGAAUAGUGUGGGGCAAAAGCGAAAAAGUGCGCGCGGGUGGUUUUUCGGUGUCUGUUAGUCUUUUGCCGCGGUUAUCGUGGAUCAUUCACCGGACUGGCCUCCCCUUUCUAUGUUAAAAACGGGGGCGCAGCCAGUGGGGCAGAGGCCAAAAAGUGCGCGCGGGCGUUUUUUCGGUGUCUGUUAGUCUUUUGCCGCGGCUGUCGUGGGUCAUUGGUCGGGCCGAGCUCCCCUUUCUAUGUCAAAAUCGGGGGCACAGUGGGGAGGAGCCAAAAAGUGCGCGCGGGUGGUUCUUCGGUGUCUGUUAGUCCCUUGGCUGCCGCGGUUGUCGUGGAUCAUUGGCCGGGCUGGCCUCCUUUGUCUGUGUCGAAACAAACCGGGAACGCGGUGGGGCAGAGGAGGCUAAAAAGUGCACGCGGGCGUUUUUUCGGUGUCUGUUCGUCUUUCUCUGCGGUCGUUGUCGUGGAUCAUUGGCCGGGCUGGCAUCCCCUGUCGAUGUCAAAAGCGGGAACACAGUGAGGGAGCAGGGGCCAAAGAGUGCGCGCGGGCGUUUUUUUCGGUGUCUGUUUAGCUUUAGCUUUAGUUAGUCCUUUGCGGCGGUUGUCGUGGAUCAUUGGCUGGACUGGCCUCCCCUUUCUAUGUCAAAACCCGGAACACAGUGGGGGGGCAGGAGUCAAGAAAUGCGCGCGGGCGGUCUUUCGGUGUCUGUCAGUCAUUGCCUUUGGCGGUUGUCGUGGUUCAUUGGCCGGAGCGGCUUCCCCUUUCUAUGUCAAAGAAAAUCGGGGGCGCAGUGGGGCAGAGGCUAAAAAGUGUGCGCCGGCGUUUUUUCGGUGCUUGUUGGUCCUUGGCGGUUGUCGUGGAGCAUUGGCUGGGCUGGCUUCCCUUUUCUAUGUCAAAAUCGCGAACGCAGUGGGGCAGAGGCUGAAGAGUGCGCGUGGGUGUUUUUUCGUUGUCUGUGGGAAGAUGGAUGGAGUUGGUUGGGGCUGGUAGUUUGGAGAUCACGUAGUGGCCCUUGGCUGGUGGUGGAAGGGUAAGCCAGGUGGGUUUGGCUUUGGGCUGGUAGUGAUGACAUGGAUUUAGUGGGUUCGAACUGGUAGUCGCGCGGCCGGUUUAGUUUGUUUGGGCUAGUAGCCGCGGCCGGGUGGGUUUAGUGGCGUGGGGCUGGUAGAGGUAGUUAGGGCUAGAGGAUGGGUUUAGUGGGUUGGAGCUGGUAGCGGGGAAAUGGGCUUAGUGGGUUCGGGCGGAUAGUGGAGAAAUGGACUUAUUGUGUGUUUCGGCUGGUAACGGGGAUGGAUUUAGUGGCAUUGGGUUGGUAGUGGGGGGAUAAACUUGAUGGUGAGUUCGGCUUGGUAGUGGGGGAAUAGCGUUAGUGGGUUUGGCUUUGGCCUGGUCAUGGUGGCACGGAUCCACUGGGUUCGGGCUGAUAGUCGAGAGAUUGGUUUAAUGGGCUUACGCUGGUAUUGGGAGGUUGGGUCUAAUAGGUUAGGGCUGGUAGUUGGGGGAUGGGUUUCGUGAGUUGGAGCUGGUAUUGGGGUAGUGGAUUUGGUGGGUUUUGGCGGGUAGUCGGUGUGGGGGCUUGGGUUUAGUGUGUUUCGGUUGCUGGCGGGAGAGUGGAUUUAGUUUGUUUGGGGUGGUAGUGGGGGGGGGGGGUCGAUUUAGUGGCUUUCGGCUGGUAGUGUGGAGAUGGUGAUGGAUUUAGUGCGUUUGCGUUAGUAGUGGGAGGGUAGCUUACGUGGGUUCGUGCUGGUAGUGGGGGGAUGGAUUUAGUGGGUUUGAGCUGGUAAGGGGGGGCGGGGUGAAUGUAGUAGGCUUCUGUUGGUAAUGGGAGGAUGGGUUUAGUGGCUUUUGGCUGGUAGCGGGAGGAUUGAUUUAGUGGAUGCGGGCUGGUGGUUGUAAGGGCAUUGGUUUAGCGGGUCUGGGCUGGUAGUGGAGAGGCGGACUUAGUGGGUUCGGGCUGGUACUGCGCGGAUGGGUUUAGUGGGGUUGGGCUGGUGGUUUGGGGAUUGGUAGUGGGGGAAUGGGUUUAGUGGGUUCAGGCGGGUAGGUGGGGGAUGAAUUUAGUGUGUUUCGGCUGGUAACGGGAGGAUGGAUUUAGUGGGUUUGGGCUGGUAGUCGCGCGAUGGGUGUAGUGGGUUGGGGCUGGUAGUGGGGAGAUGGAUUUAGUGGGUUGGGGCUGGUGGUGGGGAGAUGGAUUUAGUGGGUUCGGGCUGGUAGUUUGGGGAUCAACAAAAAUGGCCUGUGUCCGCUUUUUAAUUUUCUUUAUGAUUUAUUUGUUCUGUUAGAUACCUCACACACAAACACCGCGUGGACGUUCUUCUCCUUCAGGCGUCAGCCUCAGCGAGUAGUAAAGCACCGGUUCGAGAGGCACGACCCGGAUUCGGCAAGCCGACUAGGUGCUCUACGCCUAUUGGCAAGGUGAUAGGCAAUCUAUAUGCAGUCGAGUACGAGAAACUGCGAGAGGAACAAGAGGAAAAGAACAACGGCACGAAGCCUCAGCGGGCAAUUUAUCACACAAAAGCAUCAGAGGGACACCGCGCAGGAGCACAGAAGCGGAUUCACGUGGAAGAAAAAGUGACUUUUCUGUCAUGCUUCUUCGUUCAACAUUUCAUAAUGCAUUCAAACAAGAUGAAGAACAACUACAUGAAUUUUCCUCAACAUUAGCUAGAAAAGUACAACGUGAUUCUGCAUUACAACGAUGUUGCUUUAUUUCUGCAGCUCACAUAUUAAUUUUCUCGAGGUACUUGAUUUCAUUUUCAACCUACAUCAACUACAUCCUCAUCCAUCUUCCAGGUAGCGCCGUUUGUUAUGAAAAAAUUUGCGAAUGUUAAGCCAUCUUUCGAACUACCGGGAAAAAGAAACGGACAUGCUGGAACGCAGAUGGUAUUCAAAGAAUCUUGAUUUAGCAAUCGUCGCCUUUCUAGAAGUAGUAGGAGAUGAAGGUUAUAUUCUCUCUCUCUUUCUUCACUCUCUCGCCUUCUCCAAUAUUGCUACUAGUUCUGAUAUAACAGAUACAGCAGGUGGAUGCUAGCCCAGCGCGGGGAGGAGAGGAGGAGUGACAGCGAUUGUAAAAGCGCUAACGAACUUUCGCGUAUUCUCGUUGCAUCCAGUCCCCUUUUUCUUUCUGUCCGUAAUAGUAUGUACGAGUACCAGUGGUCAACAAUAAAGUGUCUGCCAAUUUCUAGCACCAAUUGUAUGAUGUUUCAGUAAUAUCAUCAAGCUUUGAACUUCUCGCCAAGAUUUCUUAUCGAUACUAGACUUCACUUGAGCGCCCGGUAGCACUCAUCCCACUAGGGUCGUCCCCCUCCCACUAGGAUCAAUCCCGGCGCGAUUCCGCUUCCCCGGCUCCUCCCCCGCCCGACAACCGUUCGGCGGCGUUGAUCGUUGGAAAAAGAGCGGGGCGGGGGACGGCGUGCGGCCGUUGAUUAAAACGGCACAGAUCGAAGCCGUUGGCCUGUAGGUUUAUUCUUCUUUCCUUUGGUGGGUUUGGGUUUGGCAUCCUUUGCGUGCAAGUUGCAGCGUUCGGGCUUGCAACUUGUCAGGAUUCCUCUGCUUGUGAUACAAUCAAAAACUUUGGAUUGGAAAUCUUUGAGACUCAUUUUGCUUGGAUAUGGUCAAAAGCUUAGGGCGGGCCCGAAGUUUCAAAUUUGAAGCUUUGAGACAUGGAGGCGCCGCUGUUAGUCUUAAGUGUUUGGCCUUGGGCUUUUGGCUUUGAGCGUUCAGCUUCGGGCGCUCAGCUUAGAACCUUGAGUUUAGGGCUUUGGGUUUUGAGCUUUACGCUUUGAGUGUUCAAUUUUGAGUUUUUCACUUGGAGGCUUCAGCUUUGAACUUUCAGGGGUGGGCUUUCAGCCUAAAGCGCUAAGCUUUAAACUUAAUCUUUCGGCUUCCAAUCUAGGGCGUUCAGCUUCGAGCGUUCAGACUUUCGGCUUUCAGCCUUGAGGCUGGGUGUAGGGCUUUAGCUGAUAAAGCCAAAAGCUUGGGCCCUCUGUGCAAAGUUUUGAAUUUUAAGGCCCACAAAUUAAAUCAAGUCGCAGCGUGCUCUCUUUUAAUAAAUGCUCGGCGUCGUGUCAGGGGUUCGUGUGCUGUGUUCAUUGGUUAAUUAGAAAAGGGACAGAGGCGUUUGCGCUUUUGGUUCAAGUGCUUCUGGUUCGGGUGUUUUUGGUUCGGUGUGUGUUGGGUUCGGAUGUUGGAGGGGUCGCUGUUAAUUUUUUAUAUUGCGCGUGAAUAUUCGAGUGCAUAUCUAAGGCUUUCGAUAAAAUUCUUAGUUAUUCUGGGCAUGUUUUUUUUUAAGUAUAAUUUUUGGGGCUCAAAUCGUAAAAGUUGUGGCUUUCUUUCAUAGAUUUUAAAUUUAAUACGCAGAAGCCCAGUAGUUUAGUUUUUAGCUCAAAUCGUAAAAGUUUUGACUUUAUUCCGUAGGGCUUAAAGCUAAUGCGAUAGGUUCCUAAGUUCUUGAGUUUAUAAGUUCUGGAGUUCCUAAGGUGUUCUUAAGUUCAUAAGCUCCGGGGCUUCUAAGUUCUUGAGUUCAGAAUUCCCUGAGUUCGUAAGUUCCUGGGUUCAUAAGUUCUUGAGAGUUCGGGAGUUCCUAAGUUCUUGGGCUCUUGAGUUCUUAAGUUCGUGAGUUUAUGACUUCGGGCGCUUGGGGUUCGGAAGUGGAAGAGUGAGAGUUUGGGGCUCGGGGGUGCAAGAGUGAGAGUUUGGCGGGAUCAUUGUUGUUUUUUAAUUUAGCUCUUUGAUAUUCAGCGAACUUUUAGAUUGCAACGAAAAGGAUGGCAAAAGUUGAGAUAAGCGACCUUUUCCUCUUUAUUUUUAUGGUUAAAAGAAACACUAACACGUCGUCAACAUCAAUCGUAAUGUUUCUUAUUGAUCCUACUAGUCACAGUGUCGAUCUCUCCUUCCUAGUUCUAGUUCCGCUAUUACUGUAGCAGUCCCGGAGACCCCGACGACCGGGUUAAAUAGAAACAAUCUUCUGCCUUGAAAUCAAACACCUUUUCAAAUUGCCGUAUACGAACAGAAAAGUUAUUGCACAGAUUCGAGUCUAUCUUAUCGACGCUAAAAAAUGUCUUUUCGCAAAGAGCCGUGUGUACAGCAACGGCGAAUUACGCAAUCUUGCGAACCCCUCACUUAGUUGUAGUGUCAAAUGAAAAGGAAAAUGUGGCAAUGUAGUUGCCCUGUGACAGUCAUGAUGAUCGCGGCUAGAAGUAGCGGUAGCGGCAUUAAGCUUGAAGACAAGUCGUCGCAUGAGUACGGGGGUCUGCUACUCCAUACCAUGAC